UGUUUUUCCCUCUUUUCAUCUCCAAAUAAAAACCGCCCUCAAAACCAUCAACACACUCACACAAAUCAAUCAAAUUUCAUACUUCAAACACACACACAAAUCAAAAAUUAGGGUUUCGUACUUCCAUUUUCAGCUAUCAAGCUCCAAAUUCAUCCAAUUAUCAACUUCGAUUCACCAUUAAAUGCGUCAGAUCGGAAAACAACACGAUUAUUCCGACUCAAAAAACCCUAAUUUCAAAAUCAAAAUCACAUUACCACCAGAUUACAAUGACACGAUACAAAAAGAUCUGUUUUCAAACAUCAUGAAUCACAGAAAAACCGAUAAAAAAUCGUUAAUUUGUUGCUGUUCAUCUUCCGAAGCACUUUUAGCCACUAAAUCAGUGGCUUUAAAGCUGUUAAACAUCGGUUAUGUGAAGCUGUUCUGGAUUAGAACCCCUUCACGGGUUGUAAUCUUCCUGUUUUUACCUUCAAUUUACCUUUUUUCGGCUAACAAUCAUGAAUCUUUGUAUCUUUACAUGUUGUUGUUAGUAGCUUUUAGUGCCUUUACUGUAUAUGGAUUGUAUCGUAUUGGGUCUCCUUCAAUUCGGUUGUUUGUUACAAGAAAGUUCCCAAUUUUGAAGCUUUUUUCAAACGGGUCAAGUUCACGCACACCAGUUGUUUGGUCAAUUGGCUCCGUGAACCGGGUUGUCGAAAGCGAAGUUUCGGGGUUCUUGGUGAAGGUUUACAGCAAUGGGGAUGUGUAUGAGGGUGAGUUUUAUAAAGGAAAGUGUUCUGGAAGUGGGGUGUAUUAUUACAAGUUGAAUGGAAGGUAUGAAGGUGAUUGGGUUGAUCAGAAGUAUGAUGGUUACGGGGUCGAAACUUGGGCUAAAGGGAGCCGGUAUCGGGGUCAGUACAGGCAGGGGUUGAGGCACGGGUUCGGGGUUUAUCGAUAUUAUGUUGGGGAUAUGUAUGCUGGUGAGUGGAUCAAGGGUCAGUGUCAUGGGUUUGGGGUGCAUACUUGUGAAGAUGGUAGUAAGUAUUUUGGCGAGUUUAAAGGCGGUGUGAAACAUGGGCUUGGUCACUACCAUUUCAGAAAUGGUGACAUGUAUGCCGGCGAGUAUUUUGCAGACAAAAUGCAUGGUUUUGGUGUAUACAACUUUGCAAAUGGACAUCGGUAUGAGGGUGGUUGGCAUGAAGGAAAACGACAAGGGUUCGGUUUGUAUACUUUUAGAAAUGGCGACACUCAAUCGGGUCACUGGGAAGAUGGUGUUCUUAGCAUCAAUACACAAUAUCCUUUGUCGAUUUCUCAUGCAAAAGUUCAUAAAGCGGUUGAGGAAGCCAGACGAAUAGCCGAGAAAGCGUUGGCUGCAAAGAGUGUUGAUGAGAAGGUGAAUAGGGCGAUGGCGGCAGCUAACAGGGCAGCAAAUGCGGCAAGAGUAGCGGCAGUUAAGGCGGUCCAGAGCCGUGUGCACCACUAUGAUGAUCCAACACUGGUCAUUGUAUGAAGCGUUUGUAAGUUUUGUAGUGGAUUUUUGGUCAAUGGUGGCUGGAGUGCUGUUGACCAGCUUGAAAGUUGAAACCACCAUGAGCAAAUGGGGAGGCUUCUUGUUUUUAACUACAGGAUGACACUGUACUAUUAGAUUUAGGUCACUCAAGUGCUUUGGUUUCUUAAGAAGUUAAGGUUCAUGAGAAUUAGGUUACCUUUUGUUUCCAUGUAACUGUAAAUAUACUUUACUUCAACGUAAUAGUUGUUGUAUGUUCGGCUUCGGCUUCUAA